GGUGUUAAAUAUUUAGAAACGGAGAGAGUACAAUUCUGGUUGAGGGAUAUGAAUUAAAUUCUACCUAUAACUCUAGGGAGCCUAAGUGGACUUAUUCCAAAGGAAAAAAGGAGUGGGUUUCGGCCCAUCUCAAUUCUCAAACCGAGACGGGGAUUAGGAUCAGAGUCUGGAUUCCGAUACGGCCUCUCCGUCCCCUUCCCCCUACAACUACCAGAUCGAUCAAUCAAUCAAUCAAUUAAUCUCUUGUUCUUCUUCUUUGGACGCUCGGUUGAAUCUCAGCGAGAAGCGAUGGGAUCCGUGGUGUCCUCCGCCUACGCCGCGCUGCGCUCGUUCGUGGACGCCCGCAUUGAGAAGGUGGGGUGGUGGGCGUGGCCCAUGGGCGAGCGGCGGCGAGAGCGUCCCAAGACUGACGCCGAGUUCGCCGCCCGGAUUGCUUGGAUUAUUGAACAGUCGAAUCGCUGCAAUCACCGGGGUCGCCGCCACCGCGAGGAGGAAGAGGAGGAGGAGGAGGAGCGGCCGGUGGGGUGGUGGGCGUGGCUCAUGGGCGAGCGGCGGCAAGAUCGUCCCCAGACCGACGCCGAGUUGGCCGCCCGGAUUGCUCAGUCGCAUCGCUGCAAUUACCGGCAUCCUCGCUACCGGAUCGAUAAACAACAAUCGCCACGGGAUCGAUGAAUAUCCCCCAUCGCUUAUGGAUGUUAUGUUAGUCUAAGUUUUUUUUUUUCAUUUUCUGAAAGCCUAGACGAGAUUUCAUUAAGGGGUUAUUUGGUUGAUGCCUAAGCUUACCAUAACUAAGCUUAGGCAAGUUGUAUCAUGUGGCAAAAGUAUGGCUAAGAAAUAGUUAGCCACAAGUGUGGCAAUGUUAGCUCUAGUUAUCUGAGUAUGACAUGUGGGACCUAAGGGUAGGAAAGUGUGGCAUGACACAACUGUGGCAUUGAAAAAACACAGACAAUGAAAAGACUCAUAAAAUUUCUGAAAGAGGUGAUUCUCAGAGUCCUGCUUCAGAAUUGGAAGAUGUGUUCUUGGUGAAAACAUCAAAGCCUUUAAAAGUUGGUAAGCUUAUAUGCUCAUGUGCUUAAUUAAAGGAAGGGAAAACAAUGCUCAACAGUCCUACAAUGUGCAUGCUGUCUCAGAAGUCAGAACAUAGAACUUUUCAUGAAUGAGCACAGCAACCUUUGAUAGUACCAGUAUUGUUUGUUAGUUUUUGCUCAAGAUAAGAAAAAGGGCAUUUUCUGGAACGGCGCUGUCGUGCUAGCUUCAUGAAGAAAAAUGUUUAAAGACUUGAUUCAUACAUGGACUGCACAACAGGAUGUUUACAUUAGCAGGAUGUUUCGGCAGUUUUAACAUGGCAUAGCUUUUUGUUACAAGUGUGGCAAUAAUUAUCACUAAGGGAAAAUAGCUCAGGGUUUUGAGUCCUUGUUUUCGUAUAAUAAUUUUUUUCUCCAAAUUGUUGGUUAACUUAAGUACAUGUGGAGAUCUUUGAAGAAAAGAAGCUUCGAAUAAUCAAAUGUAGAGGAUAAAGGUUCUCAAACCUUGUAGAGAAUGAAGAUUGCUGGUUUCAUGAAGUAGCUGUUGAGGACAAAACUAAAAAUUUAUAUGCUUGAUUCUGCAGAUUCUACCAAAGUGGAACAGAUAUCUCAUAGCAAGGAUGCUAUAGGUGGUCCUUUGCAGACUAGAAAGGAUAAGGUCCAAGGAAAGGUUGUUGAUGCUCUUCCUCAGAAAGUGUUGUGUGAUGCCAAAGUUGAUGGAAUGGAUGCAGCAACAGCAGAUUCCCGCAUUCCAGAAGAUCGUGCUUCACCAUCAUUUGUUUCUCCACUAAGCGAAGAGAAUGCACUGAUAGCAUCAGGCAGUGAUGUAAAGAUAAAUGACAGUGCUGUUCAACCAGAAGUUAGUACAGAAGCCAAGAUGACCGCCUCCUCAGCAAAAGUUACUACAAAAGACAAGGGGAAAACUCAGAUUAGCGAUGUUGUUUAUGACAAGGCACAUGAUAUCAACUCUCUUGCAUCGAUUGAGAAAUGCUUGGAAUUGUAUCUUGAAACAGAGGAGAGAGAAUGGGCCUGUGAGAACUGCUCCAAAGUUGUUGAGAAGCCAGGCAUCAUGUCAAGUACCAAGGAGGACACAACAGCUGGAGACCAGAGUGAACAGUCAGAGAAGAGUGCAUACCAAGUGGAAGAAAACCAAAAUGAGCAGAAAGAUAAGAAUGAAUGUCCCAUUCAAACACGUCUUAUUCGCAAGUUGCCACCUGUAUUAACCAUUCAUCUGAUGAGAUAUUUGGAGGAUUUUAAGAAGGUGAUAGGACAUGUGAGCUUUAAGGAAAUCCUUGAUGUGGGGCAGUUCAUACAGGACUCAGAGUUUGAAGGCUAUUCUAUGCAAGACAGCCAACAAAUUGCUGAAAGAGGUGAUUCUCAUAGUCUUGCUUCAGAAUUGGAAGAUGUGGUCACGGUGAAAACAUCAGAGCCUUUGAAAGUUGGUAAGUUAUGCACUCAUGUGCUGAACUAAAGGAAGAGAAAACAAUGCUUAACAGGCCUACAGACGUGCAUCGUGUGUCAGAAGUCAGAAAAUAGAACUUUUCAUGAAUGAGCACAGCGAAUU